AUGGGCGCUGAAUGGCAGGGCGCGCGUCGCGGCCGCCCUGCCGGGCCGUGCGCGGCCGGCACGGAGCUCGAGACGGUGUACGCGCGCGUGUAUGCGUACGGGCACCGCGUGACGGAUGUGUUUGAGGAACACCCAGAGAAGCGCGCGCACUGGGAGGGCAAGAUCUUCGACUGCCGGCAGGCGAACUACAUGUGCCUGCGGAACCUGGUGGUCGCGCCCUUCCACGAGGACAUGAAGGCGCAGGGGCUGCGCGGCUUCCUCGUGCUGCACGUCGACGCGUAUGCCAACCCUCUCAAGUGGCGGGACGUGGCACCGGACGCGUACGUGCUGCCCACGCAGCCCAAGUCGAGCGAAGAGCCGAUGCUGGACCGCGUGAACAACUGCUGGCCGUGGGAGUACAUCAAGCGGGACGACCCCAGCGCGGCCUGGUGGCGCUGGACCGGCUGGGGCCCGGACGGGGUCAUGGGAGACGACCUCACCGGCGACGUGAUCGCCAACGCCAAGGACCGCGGGUGGCUGCCGCCGGAGUUCCCGCGCCAGGGGGAGUUUUCGCUGUGGGACGACAUGAAGUUCCUCGGCGUGGACCUCGCGGCGGGCUACGUGGCCAUGACGGGCCUGUUCGAGGGGCGCGAGCUGUACCACGACCCCGCCAUGCAUGUGGUGUGGCGCGGUGUGCAGCACGGGUUCGGGGGGCGGUGCGUGGCUCUGCCGACGCUCGGGGGGUGCUGCAACUACAUACUGAUCAGCGACGGCAGCACGCACUGGUACCCCUGGGCGCACAAGUGGGGGUUGCAUGACAUCGAGCAGCGCGAGGCCUACCUGGACCUUGUGCGGCGCGUGCGGAGCUACAUGGACCUGCUGGACGAGCGGCCGGCGGAGGUGCCGCUCGGGGCGGCUCCCGGGGACUGGGAGGCGGCGUACCCUGACUACAACGACGUCGUGGGGAGGUAUGAGAGCAUGGGGGGGGGGGUGGCGGUGCACGAGGGCGCGGGCGCGGACGACGGUGGUGCGGUGCGGGAAGAGGCCGUCGGUGUGGACGACGACGGCGGCGCGGAGGCGGGCGAGGCGCAGCACGGCUCGGGGGACGCAGACGGCGCUGGCAGCGACGCGCCUGAGGGAGGCGCGGAGGUGGUGCGGAUCUGA